GUACUAGCGGAAGAGGAGGAGGAUGGGGUGCCUCUAACCAGAGAUACAGCAAUGUUAUCCAGCCAUCUUCCUUCAGGUCUGACACGUGGGGUGGCAGCAGAGAUCACGGAAGAGGAUUCUUUGGCUCCUCUGACUUUGGAUCGUCAGGAGGCAGCAGCAGAAAUGCAGACUUUUCACAGAACAGGUUCUCCGCCUUAGCCAGCAGUCAGAGUGUUGCUGAUGGCUCUAAAGAUGAAGAGGAGAGACUUCUUGAAUGUGUAGUGAAAGACAUGGAGAUUUGGGAAUCUUCUGGACAAUGGAUAUUUUCAUGUUACUCACCAAUGAAAGAAAAGCCGAAUGUCUCAGGCUUUUCAGAUGUCUCGCCAGAAGAGCUGCGUGUGGAGUAUUAUGACAGCAGAGCAAACAAUAUCGUUGGGAAUUAUAUAGAUGCUGUUCAGACGUUAGCAGUACAGUGGAAAAAUCGGCUACUUCAGUUGAAAGGUUUAAAUGCAUCCACAAAGGCAUCUUUGCUCUCUGCUUUCAAGGCCACAGGCACUCAAGCAGCACCUGCCUUUGGAAUGGGAGGACAGCAAACCUCAGGCUUUGGGCUGUCAAGCUUUCCUGUGAGCAGCAGCAGCAGCAGUACCAGUGCCAGCAAUUUCUCCUUUAAAGCCAGUUCCAGCCUCAUCAGUGCAGCACCAUCUGGGAGCAGCCCUGCUGCUGGGAGCUCUUCUGCUGCUGCAAAUCCUCCUGCAUUUGGGACAGCAUCCUCUCCCAGCACAGCCCAGUCCGUCGGCUUUGGCAGCCCGGCCGCUCCCUCCGCAGCCUCCUUCUCCUUCAGAGCAGCUUCCACAGCUGGUGCCUUUGGGACUUCUGGCUUCUCAGGCUUUGGCAGUGCUUCUGCUGGGAGCUCUGCAAGCAGCCCUGCAGCAGCCUUUGGAGCCUUUGGUGCCACCGUAGCCCCUUCUGGCUCGCCCUCGAGCGGAGCUUUAUUUGGGCAGGGCGCUGCACAUCCUGUCACCUCAGCGUCCGCUGCGGCCGCCAACGCCAGCCCUGCCUCAGACAAGUUAUUCACUCCCAAGAGCGAACUGUCAGCUGAAGAGUGGCAGCAGUUUGAAGCAAAGGAGUUCACAAUUGGAAGGAUUCCUCUGAAGCCACCACCAGUAGAACUUUUAAAUGCUUUUGACCUUGUAAGUUUAUUCAGAAGUAACAUGUUUUGAAAUGAAAUAAAUUGCUACUUUUUUGUUUCAUCUCUGAAGUCUCCAGCAGGAAUAAAAUUACAAAUAUAAACAUG